AUGCCACAAAAGAAAAAAGAAAAUAAAUAUGACAACAUUGCCGUCUCGUUGUCGAAUGAGGUGAGCUCCAUGCAGGCAAAAAUGAAUGGUCUAAAACUUCAAGCGUUAAUCGACACAACUGUGAAGAGUAACCUCAAGGCGGAUAAACAUGAAUCCAAGAGGCUCAUUCAUCAAUUGAAGGAACACAUCACACUUAAUAAAAAUGAGGCAAAACUCGCCACCGCUUGCGUCAACACUCAGUACAAACUGUUGCAGCGCCUCUUUAUGCUUCGCAUACACGAGUCAAAGGAAGUCAUAGCUCGACUAAGGAGGGAGAAUUUUGACUUAAAAGCAGAAUACAAUAAGGUGAUCUCAGCAAAAGAUGAGUUAAUCAAUGAAAAGGAUGAGCAAAUCGCCAAACUAGAGUCUCAUUUACAGUCGCUGCAUUUCCAACUAGAACGUGUGGUACUGGAGAUGGCGGAAAAGUUGGAGACUAGAUUGGAAAAGGACAGACUAGUAUGGGAGAAAGAAGCGUAUGCUUUCCAUGAAUCUUCUGUCAAGAUUUUGCAAAAAUUAGGCUAUGGGACUACAUUCAUGUGA